GUGAACCAACGGACUUAUAUAUAUAAAAAAAAAAUUCAAAACAUGGCAUCAAAGCCAUUCUUCUUCACGUGGCCAUCUCAUAGAGUGGCUUGAGGCUUUUUUUUUUAAGUAAAAGGGGGAGAGUUGUUGACUUCAGAUCCCUGGUUUUCUUCCGCCGAGAGCGAAACCGCUUCUCCUCUGAAGCCAACUUUACGCUUCUCAAAGGCCGAGUCUCUACGCUUCCGCAAGCAAGAAGCUGGGAGGCAAAGCCUUUGGUUUAGGGUUACCUUUUCUUCCAUUUUUUGCAAACGAAAUCUACCCUUCCCCUGUUCCUGGGAGGAAAUUGGUGUCUUUUAGGUGAUUGAUUGAGGGAUUUAGAUGGUGGUUCGAUAUAUUUGCGGGCGAUGACUUAUCGGGCACAAUCCGUGGAUGAUAUCGUGGUUUCGGGACAGAAGAUGGGAAUCGGGGACGAAAGUGGGGAUUAUGUGAGGUUGGGUGAUUUGGAGGCAGGGAGGUUUGUAGGGGUACCGGGGCAAUGUUGUCCGAGGAAAUGGAGCUCUCUCUGGUGGUGGAUGAAGGUGGUUUUGUUGUCCCUUGGCUUGCUGGCAGGCGCGGUGGCUCUCAUUCUCUGCGUUGGCCCCGUUAUCAUCAAAAAGAGCCCUGUCAGAUCGCUUUCUGCGCGCUGUGCAAAUUACUUUGAGGUGGUUAUACCAAUUUUGGACUGGGAAAUGAAUACUUUUAGCAGGCCAGUUCUUGGACUGUUAAUUUUUACUGCUAUUGCAUUAUUUCCUGCUCUAUUGUUGCCCUCUUCUCCUUGUAUGUGGAUAGCUGGGAUGACAUUCGGCUAUGGUUAUGGCUAUCUGUUAAUUAUGGCAGGGACAAGCAUAGGCAUGUCAUUGCCAUUUUUAAUUGGUUCUCAUUUUCAUCAUAGAAUACAUAGGUGGUUGGAAAAUUGGCCUGAGAAAGCAGCUAUUGUAAGAUUAGCUGGUGAAGGAGAUUGGUUUCAUCAAUCUAGAGCUGUAACUCUAUUGAGGAUUUCUCCAUUUCCAUAUCUUAUUUUUAAUUAUGCAGCUGUGGCAACAAAUAUCAAGUAUGGUCCAUACAUAUGUGGUUCACUGGUAGGAACAGUGCCCGAGAUCUUUCUAACGAUUUAUAGUGGGAGACUGCUUCAGGCCUUGGCAGAUGCUACCAGUAGAGGUGGCUUCCUUUCAGUGGAGCAGAUCCUUUAUGAUGCUCUUGGCUUCCUUGCUGCCAUAGCCGCUACUGCAGCCAUCACGAUCUAUGCCAAGAAAACUCUUCAAAAACUCCAAGCUGAGGAUGAGCUCAGUUAGCCCCAGGCAGUUCAUCAACCUAAGCAUGGACAACAGCAGUCGAUGCUUGCGGUGGAGCAUUCAUGGGGCACUCUCUGCUGUUUUCUUCUUUGCCCCGAUGGGCCGACAGGCAUUCUGAUUUGUGAACAAAUUACUUACACACUAUACCUUGGCUCCAGUGUUAGAAAGAAAAGCUUUGCAAUUAGUAGCAGAUACUAGAAAGAAACUCCGACAUUAUUUAUUGAUCUUUCAGAUAGGGAAGAAAAUGUGUUAAGUUAUAGAUUUCUCUUGUCUUUUUUUUUUCUUCUUUUUGCUUAUUUUGAACAAAAAGUUAUGAAUGCCAUCUAUCUAACCAUUGCUUGUAAAUGCCAUCUUCCAAGUUGUCGGGUUGUUACCAGGACAUUUAUUGCAUCAUUGAUCUAUAAUAUUAAAGCUGUUCUUCAA